AUGUUGGGGGGAGAGAAGGUGACUGAGUGUGGGGGGACGCUGCUUCGGGAGGCUCCAGGUGGGGACGACGAGAACGAAUUUGAGUGCGUCCGGAGCAGGUAUGGGAAGAGUCAGGGAGAGAGUCUUGAGGGGGUUUCCGUUGGUGGACAGAGAUUGGAGCGGAGAGUAGAGAAAGGUAGAGAAGGAUGUGAAGGCGCUGCGUGUCCGAGGAGGCGAGUGGGGCGAGAGAUUGGGGAGGAAGGGGCGUUGGGCGGGAGAAUGAUCGAGUGGGGUGCGCUCUUUCGAAUGUGA